AUGUCUUCGUCCCCACACUGCUCCCUCCUGGGCCUGCCCCGGGAGUUGCGUGACCUCAUUUACACGACUCUAUUCCGGUCAUUGGUCUUUGAUGCCAAUGACCCGCAGCCCGUCGGCGGCGACAGCGGCCCCGACCAGCGCCUGGCCAUCCUGUGUGUCAGCCGGCAGAUCUAUGAGGAGGCCAGCCCCCUAGUGCUGCCCCACGUCCGCAUCUGCUGCAGAAGUGCGGUCGACAUGGUGCGGCAGCUCAAGCACCUGCGCGUCGACUACGACAUGCUACGCCUGAGCGUACCGCGCCAGGCACUAGAGGAGGAAGCAGAUGCAGGUCCACGAGACAGCGUUGACCCGGUGCCCCGCGGCUUCCACGUCGGCGCCCUGCUCGGCCUGUUCCCCGGCCUGGAGCUGGACCUCCUCGAGCUGACGGACGGCAUGCACGACGGCCUCGGCGCCUUCGCGAGCUACCACGCCCCGGACGUCAUCUCGUCGCUGCUGCGGGCCGCCGGCGGCUACCGCGAGGUCCGCGCCGCCUUCAGGGGCCUCAACUGCUGCUUCCCGGGCUCCUUCGCGGACCACAGCCAGGAGUGCUUCCGCGCCGACGCGCCGGAGGUGCUCGACGCGUGGGCCGGGCUCAUCCGGGCGCGGUUCCGCCCGCCCGGCUGGGCCGUCGAGAUGUACUUUGACGACGAGGCGCCCGCCGACGAGGGGUACUGGGACAGGCACCGCGAGGCGGGCUUCACGCUGCUUGAGGGCCUUGAGGCGCGGGACGAGGCUGGGAGGGACCAGGGCGCGCAGGGCGGUGAUGAGUUGCAGUACUGGAACUUUCGGGCGUGUAGGGGCCACGGGCCCUGUGCUGUGCCCGAGGGCGACGCGGAGGUCCUUGAGUGCGUACAGGCGUACCCAAUGAGCUUGGAUGAGCUGCGGGAGGCGUCGAUGUACCUCCGGGUGCUGGUCAGUGAGGGCGAUUGGGCCAGGAUCGAACGGCUGCAGGAGGAGUCCGGUAUGACUGCCGAUGGGCCCUAUGACGAUGACGGCCUGUGGUAGGAAGUAGGGUGGCAAAAGUUGGAAGAGGGUAUGAGUUGCACCAAAUGGAUCACCUGUGCAUGUCUGUUCCUAGCUAGGUAGGUAUCUAUAUUCCACGACAUUUCGGCACUGGCAACCGCAC